AUGGCGGCCGGGCAGGGGGGCGGCGGCGGCAACAACGGCACCGGCAGCGGGACCGGGACGGCGGCCGGGAGCGGAGCGGCGGGGCUCGGCAUCCCCGCGCACCUCACUCUCUCCUUCUCGUCCGGGCCGCACUGGGGUGCGGCAGCUCUGCCGCAGUCGCACACGGUGCGCAGCUUGGAGCGGGCCCUGGAGGAGGCGGGCAGCUCGGGCAUCCUGUGCCUGAGCGGGAGGAAGCUGCGCGACUUCCCCAGCAGCGGCUGCGACCUGAGCGACACCACGCAAGCAGAUCUUUCAAAGAACAGAUUUACUGAAAUUCCUCCUGAUGUCUGGUUGUUUGCACCACUGGAAACUUUAAAUUUGUAUCACAACUGCAUCAAAUCCAUUCCAGAAUCUAUUAAAAACCUGCAAAUGCUUACCUACCUUAACAUUAGUCGAAAUCUUUUGUCAACAUUGCCAAAAUACCUGUUUGAUCUCCCACUGAAAGUUCUGGUUGUCAGUAAUAACAAGCUGGUCUCCAUUCCAGAAGAAAUUGGAAAGUUGAGAGAUCUAAUGGAGUUGGAUAUUAGCUGUAAUGAACUUCAAGUUCUUCCCCAGCAAAUAGGAAAAUUGCAGUCACUUAGAGAAUUGAACAUAAGAAGAAACAAUCUCCAUAUGUUGCCAGAUGAAUUAGGAGACCUUCCCUUGGUAAAGCUGGAUUUUUCUUGUAAUAAAAUUACAGAAAUUCCCAUUUGUUACAGAAAGUUACGUCAUUUACAAGUUAUAGUUUUGGAUAACAAUCCAAUGCAGAUACCACCAGCACAGAUAUGCUUAAAGGGCAAAGUACAUAUAUUUAAAUUCCUCAGUAUUCAGGCAUGCCUCAGAAUAGAUAAAAAACCAGAUUCUUUGGAUCUUCCAUCAUUAGGUAAACGAAUCCCCUCCCAGCCACUCACAGACAGCAUGGAGGACUUUUAUCCCAAUAAAAACCAUGGACCAGACUCUGGCAUUGGAAGUGAUAAUGGAGAUAAAAGGUUGUCUACUACAGAACCAUCUGAUGAUGAUACAAUCAGCCUUCACUCCCAGGUAUCAGAAUCAACAAGGGAACAGACAUUAAGGAAUGACAAUCACGUAAUGGGAAGUAAACUGGAUCCACAGAAAGACCAGGAGGCGUUUGACUACAUUGAUCCCAAUGCAGAGGAGGGAGCUCUUCCUGAGCAGGGAGAUUCACAGAUUGGCCCCCUGCUCUCCUAUGUCAAGGAACGGGGAAAACAUCUUGAGAAAUCCCAGAAAAUAGAACAAAAUGAGGACUGGAGAGAUGAAAAAAGCCUUCAGAAAGAACAGCUGCUGGCUGAAGAUGAUGAUGAACUCAAAGAAGUGACUGACUUGAGAAAAAUAGCAGCUCAGUUGUUGCAGCAAGAACAAAAACACAGACGAAGGCCACUAAGCUAUAGAACUUCAUUCAGUGAAAAGCUCUUCCAGAGGACCAGGGCGGCAGGACGUGCAUCAAGGCUUCUUAAUCAUUCAGUUUCAGUAAACACAAGGAACAGGCCAAAGCAGCCAAUGGAAUCUGAAAAAUGUGUUUCAACAAAUGAAGUGAAUUCCUCAGUGUCUCCAUACAGCUGGCAGCCACUGGAAAACCAGAAGGAUUCAGUGGAUGAGCAGCACUGGCCAGAAACACAGCCAGUAAUCUGGCAGAAUGAAGAGAGAAGGAGAAGUAAACAAAUUAGAAAAGAGUAUUUCAAGGUAAUGGGGGGAGUGAGGUAUAAGUCUUCCAGAAAGAGUUCAAGUGGAAAUGAAAAUGAUGAGCAAGACAGUGAUAAUAUUAAUGUGUCCCCACAGUCUCCUGUGUCAUCCGAGGUACAAAUUGAUUAUGAAAGGACAGAUAGUAACACUCAUGGUCCAUUUGGUCUCAAACCAAGAUCAGCUUUCAGCCGUGCCUCACGCCAGGACUACGGUGCAGUGGAUCCUGGGUUUACUAUGAGGAGGAAAAUGGAACAUUUAAGGGAAGAAAGGGAACAAAUCAGACAGCUUCGCAGUAAUCUUGAAUCCAGGUUGAAGGUAAUUUUGCCAGAUGACAUCGGAGCAGCAUUGAUGGAUGGGGUGGUUCUUUGCCAUUUAGCCAAUCACAUAAGGCCACGUUCUGUUGCCAGCAUUCACGUCCCAUCGCCAGCAGUGCCUAAACUCAGCAUGGCAAAGUGCCGAAGAAAUGUUGAAAACUUUCUUGAUGCUUGUAAAAAAUUGGGCGUUCCACAGGAGAGACUUUGCUUACCUCAUCACAUUCUGGAGGAAAGGGGUCUGGUGAAGGUUGGCCUCACAGUUCAAGCUCUGCUUGAGUUGCCUGCAUUGAAAGUAUCUCAGCUUUCUUCCAUGUGACACAGCUUCUUGGCAACUAGACAGCUUCCCAUUUGCUCUGUUAUAGAUUGCUCUGAGGCACUUCAGCCUCCUACACGGGAACACCCAAGCCAUCAAAAACUAAAACCUGUCCAGAUGCUAUAGAGAGCCUUACUUUGGAGCUGUGUGUGAAAACAUUGGAGUCAGUUCACAGUUAAAAGAACAUAACUAUUAUUUUUUUUUCCUCUUUUGUAAUUGGAUGUAUAAAGAGAAUGUGGUAGCAUCAGGUUCUCUUUCUAGUUAUGUUAAAAGCUACCAUUUAACAUCUCAGUGUUAAAUGCUGGAUUCCUUUUUUUACAUUGAAAAUGUUGUUUAAAUUACUUUUGAAAGUACAAAGCACACCCCCUGUCACUUUAAUUUUUCGAGUCAAUCAUUGAUUUAAAGAUGUCAUAAAUGUAGCGAUGGUAUGAUGGUAAAUAUGUGAGCAACUGAUCACUUGUAAUCCCCUUUCACUCUCUGAAAGCUUAAUAUUUGCGUUCUUUGUUUUUUGCACUCCUGAUUGUAACUUACGCACUUCUAACAUUGCCAGUAUUGAGUCUGAGUGUCUGGUGAUUACACAGAACAGGAUACAGUGAGAAAAGGACACAGCUUAUUGAGUUUUCCCAGUCUUCUAGGUUGGUGCCAAAUAUUUUUUUUCAGUUGUACUGUAGAUUGUUUACCUGUGAAGUGCCUGUGUAAUUGAUAACUCUUAAUAGUCUUUAACAUUUUUGAAGUUUCUUUGUUUAAAAUAGAUAAAAUAGAAAUUUUUAAAUAUUUUAAUAGUUUUUUUGUAAAAUCAGUAUGUGAAGAUUUAAGUAAUACUUCACAUUUUUGAUGUUGGAUGUUUUAAGUUUGUUGCACAAUUUAAUUGUUGUCUAAUAAUUAGAAAACACUGUAAAUACUUUUUAUUUAUGAUAUUUAAUUUGAUAAUACCUAAUUACUUUUGGUUUAUUGUAUUGUUGGACAAAAACAAAGUUGUCUACUUUUCUUUGUUUGGGACAAACAAAUACACAUGAUGAAUAAGACAGGAGGACUAGUGAUGCAUACAGAGUAAUUUAGGACAUUUUGAUAAAACUGCCAAAAUCUCAGGUUUACACUGUGAUGUUCAGGAUUUUAUGUAAAAUUGCUCCUGAUCUCACAUGACAUUUUUACAACAGGUAUAUCCAUAAUUUAGCUGGGAAGUAUCAGUGUUUAUCUUUUUUUAGUGUUUGCAGUGUUUAUUGUGUAAUUUACGAGUGUGGCAUUAGCACACAGGUCAGUUUGUACAAAUGUCACUGUGCUGAGAAAUUGGAUGGAUGGAUAAAUGUGAAAAUGAAACAUUUCCACUGUAGUGUUCUUUUGAAAUUUCUGAGUUCAUGUAUUUGUUUGCUUCUGAACAAAUUCUUGGUGUGUUGAGAUCAUUUUGGAACCAUAUACAGUUGAAUUCUUCUCUAAACAAGUUGCAAAUAAUUUCUUAAUUUUGGUAGUAGAUCUGUUUGUAUUAGUUUGUUCUUCAUGAGUAGGUAGCUCAAUUAAAAAAUGUUUUGACUGCCACAGAUUUUUUAUUUCAGGCUAAGUUAUUUUCAGUUGAGGGAUAUGUUUGCCAGGCAUGUGUCAAUACUUGAUUAUGUUCUUUCCAAUUGACCAAGACCCUAUGUAAGAUAAUUCAUCAAAGAAUGGGGGAAGAGUGUUGUCUGUUCCUUCUACUGUAGUCCUUAAAGGCAGUAGCUGACAGGAAAAAUAACUUUUCUGAUGAUAAGUUUAAAAAUACCACUUAUUUUAAAUUCCAUUGAAAUAAGUUUGUGUACAUGUAAUAGUUAAAAUCCACUAUUAUUCAUAUAGUGUCGUCUUAAAACACAGCUUAUGGAGAGGCUGGUGUAUAAAUUAAUUUGCAAAGUCCUAGAUAUAAAUCUUAGGUUAGAUAAAUAUGUGUUUAAAGAAACUGUAUUGCUUUGACAUUUGAAAUAUCGUAUUUCAAAUCUAUCUCUAAUUGGUUCUUGUAUCUCUUCUAAUGGUUAUUUUAGCAACUUCAGUCUCUAUUUUCAUUAAUGGCGCUGUCUGAAAAGUCAUGCAAAAACUAAUGAAAAAGUUAUAAUUCACUUAGCAAAAUACUAGCCUGCUAAUUUAAAAAACCCAGACACUCAAAAAGAAUAAGUCCUUGUCUUUCAUUUCACUGUUGUUGCUACUACCAGAGCAAAGUUCUAGUUCAGUGUUAGCCAUGGAAGUGCUAACUAUAAAUUGUCACUUUCUUAUCUGAAAACUGAUCUUCACUGUUAUUUCAUUGUCGUAUUUAAAAACAUUUUCUGAUCUUAAGGUAACAUUUUUCCUUCUUGAACUAAUUUUAUUAAGUAACAUCACAGUGUAAACAUUAAGAAUUCCCUUGAUGUAGCAUGGCAGCUGCUGACUACUUAGGGGUUUUUCAAACUCUGUAGUAAGUUGAAAACUGGGUAUGAAACUUAUGUACUCAUUUUAAACUGAAAUCUACUAAAAAACCUUUUUUUUUAAAAUAUUUUUUAGUACUCUGCAGUUCUUCCCCACAGCCUUGCUACCAACAGUCGUGCUUUGCCAUUCCUUGGAAAUUAUUAUGGCCGCCUUCUUGCUUAUGGGAAAGGAUAGUCAUGAGUCUUCCAAGGCUUCCCUUUUAGCAUGGCAGAUUAAAGCUUUCAAGUACCCUUAGGAGCAGUCUGAGAAAAGACCCACUGUGCUCGGAUGAAUCUUUUUGUCAUAUCUAACUGUUUUUACUACUACUAAUAAUAAUCUAAAGCCUUGCCAACAUUGGCUUGUACCCAUUGUGAUUUCUUUAACAGCAAUUUCAAAAAUGAUACUGAAAAGAUUUGAAUUUUAAGUUUUCAUUUCCAGGUAGCCUGUGAAGAUAGUUAUGUAUUCUCUGUACAAGAAUUUGCAUAUACUCUAUUCCUUUUCCCUCUCCCUUUUGAUUCCCAGCAUCUUACUUUUGUUCAUUCUUAGAUCUAGUGCAUUCAGGUUGCUGUUUACUCUGGGCCACUUCCCUUCUUCCUCUAGAAUUUUUUAAAGGAAUUGUUCCAGUGGCACUGGUGAACCAUUGUGAUUCCAGAAUCCAUGCUCCAAACAUUUCCAGUGUUUGAGAUACCCAUCUUCCAUUUUGUUUAGGAUUUGUUUAGUACUUGAUACAGCUGAUAGGGAAGGUAAAAACAGAGGCCUGCUCAGUUCCUGUUGCAUUCAUUAUGUUUUCACUUACAACAUGAAGAAAAGUCAACAUUAAAAGCUUUAGGAAGGUGCAUUAAGUUUUCCUAGUAAACUUUGCAAUAAUGUGGCAUGAAUUGUAAAUUAUAGAGUGGAUCAGCAUAGUGGCAAGGCUUCUGGCCUCGUGUAUGUUUUCUGUGUUUUGUGUCACUGGAUGCAGUAUGUUACAUGUGACUGAACUUUCACUUGAGCAAUAAUGUCCCAGAUAUGGUGAGGUCUUACAGCAGUGACAGUAAAAUAAUCGUUGUGAAGUGUAGUGUCUUCCCAGAGAGUAUCUCAGAAAUGCUUUUCAUCUGUUUUCCAGCAUUGCUCACUGGGGCACUGCUGGGAAUGCAGAAACCAUCCAGACCCCUAAUCUGCAGGAUUUCCAAAAUCUAACCAAGAACUAUGAACAUAAAAUAGGGAGGAAUGGAUUUGAAACAAUAAACAACUGACAUGAAUAAUAAGAUUUUUUUUUUUAAUCCUAAGCUUUAUUGAAGUCAAGGCAAGUUUUACCCUUGACUUCAGUAGAUUUUUGCCUUUUUUAUUUGUGGAGCACCUGAGCUGAAGACCGUAGCAAACAUGGCUUAAACUUGUUUGACACUAGCAAACUUUAGUGUCAGAUUCUUGACUAAAAUAGUGACCUCUGGUAAGUUAAAUGAAGUUGUAAAAUGUUAUGUGGAUUCAUUUAAUAAAAAUUUUCUGAUAAGCCAAACAGUAUUUAGAUGGUAGGAAAAAUUACAUUGAAGUGAGGUGGGAAGGUGUUGUUACCUCAAUGAAAUUGUAGGUGAUGACAACCAUUAGGUUUUUAUUGCACUAAAAACUUCAUUUCAAAUACCAUAUCAUUUAGUGGCAGUCUCGUCAGAUUUUGAUGUAAAUCUGUAGCUAAAUCCAAACAAAAAUGAAGACAUCUGUUUUCACUAAUAUGGAACUUUCAUAUGUCAUGUUGGUACUGAAGAGAAGGAGAGAAGGACGAAGGUCUGGCACUUCUUCCUUUUGCUGAUUCCUUAAGUGUUUAUUUGAAAGGCUGAUUACACGGAUUUCAACUGAAAGCAACCUCUGGGAGUUUUUAGCACUUCUGCAGAUAGGAGAUGUGGUUUGGUAUUGGCAAAUCAAAUGUCACUUCCCAUACCAAAUCAGGCUAAAGUGUUUCUGUUAGAGGAUCUCUACUUGAAAAGCAAAAGUAAAUAAACCCACCCCAACACAAAAUUUGGAAUUAAGAAAAUGUCAUUAAGACCAGCAAUGGGAAAGGCAAAGUAGAGUUAUCCAAGCAGAGAGUGCUCUGAAUUCAUUUCACAUUGAAUCACUUCAGGAAAAGCCUUCAGUCUCAGUAAAGAAGGACGUGUUUUGUAGCUGAGGGAUAAGGAUCCUGGACUGCGUGGAGCUUUCAAUAGAGCUUAGAACAACAAGGGAUUUGCCAUCUUUGUGUUCCAAGAGCCCAUUUGGUUUUGAUAACUCUGUCCCAGUGCUGCAGGAAGCGUGGCUGAUGGUGCAGAGAGUACUGCCCGUGCCCAGCCCUGGGCAGGGGACCUGGCAUGUGCCAUUUGUGAUCCCCUGCCUUUGUACCAGUGAGGCUGUGCAGGACAGCUGCUGACAAAAACACCUCCUUGCUCUUAAAGAGAUGCUGCAACCUGAGCAAAACCACCAAGUGAUAAUUUGAGAGUAAUUGCUAAUAGAUACUCAGCAAUAUUUAACUUUCCCCAGCAGUGGGUGAUGUAGUGAGGCAGAGGACACUUUUGCUGCGGGAACUUGCAGACGUUUUCUGAAUGCAAAUUGCACCGUGGCUCUGAAUGGUUAAUGUGGCCCUCAUGCACUUCCAGGAGGGAAGGCAAACAGUAAUGCUGGGUUUGUUCCAUAUGCUGCACACUGGGUCAUGUGUCAUUGAUUUACAGACUGAGGGACAGGUGAACUGUCUGUUCUUAAUGAGAUAUGUUAUGGUACAGGUUUGUUUUGGAAAAUAAGAUAAUUUUCUCUUUUCCUGUGAAGAAGAAUUCUGCUGAUCUUCACUGCUUAAAUAGAGUAUACAUGAUUAAUUGAAUUUUAGUUUAAACUUGCCACUGCACAGAAGCAGUUCUGGCUUCCUGUGUUUGUUACAUAAUAAAAUGCCUUUUGCUUGAUUUGUCUUUAAGUAUUUCCACGUAGUACAGUUUUGGCAACAUACUGUCUUAAAAUGGUGGUUAUAUGAAGUGUUUGGUCCCUUAUUGGGUUUGACCAUUAUUUUUUCAGCAUGAGAGGCAAAAUUUUUCAGCAAAAUUUCUGCAAGCUGCUUGGUCAGUUAUAGGGAAGGCAUACCAGUUAUCAUAAAAUGACAUCUAACCUAUCAUUUGUAGUUCAAAUUAUAUAUAGCCAAUUGCAUUUUCAAAAAAGAAUUUUCAGAGUGUUUUUUACAUUUUAGAAUCCUAAUCUUAAAACAAGCAAAAACCAAAAUUUCUUUCCAUGGCUUACUCUGGUGUCUUAGGAAACUCUAAAGGAGAAGAACAGCUCGGACUGUCAGCAAUUUAAUUGUUUUGGAAAAAUUGUGAUUUUGGCAGUGCUAAACUCAACAGUUGAACUUGAUCCAUUUAAAGUAUUUUCCAACCUAAAUAAGUCUAUGAUUGUAAGGCUUCAGUGAGAUCAGAAUUUCCCUCCAGAGUUUUGUAACUCAGUUACUGCAUAAAAUUAGUAAUUUAAAGUACAUUCUUGGCACUAAGGAGCGUUUCUUCACUUCAUUCAAAAUUAAGUGAAAUAAGGCAAACAACUUUUUCCAUCAUAGUUUUAUGAAGGCAGAUUGUAAAAUAGAGAAUAUUUGGAAAUGCCACAAGGAUACUUUUUUGCUUUAAUUUAAAAAUGAGUGAGCCAGUGAAAUAUUUCCAAAAUGACUAUAUUUGUGUAGGGUUUGGUUGUGCCAUACCUGGCACAGGAGCUUGUAGUAACUGUUCAGUAUUAAUUUGUAUUCUGGAGCUGUGCAGGACUGUGCUCUUCACAUGGAGCUGCUGAUGCAGGUGUGUGUGCUGAAGGGAUGUGAUACCUGAAGCAAAUUCCUGCAGCCAUGGGAGUUCCUGGCUGUAGCUGCUCUUGGCUGUGGCACCAGCAGCAAGGCAAAGCUGAGAUUCCCAGGAGGAGCACACACAGGUGUAGUGAAAAAGGGUGGGUUGGUGGAAUAUGUUGGGAGUAAUGUGAAUACUUUCUGUUAUUAUGGAAUGUCUAGAACAAUGAAAAUGUGAUUGCUUUACAAUUAUCAUUCAGCUGGUAUUCAGUUAUUUUAUUUUGUAAUUUGUGGUUAUAAAACUCAGAAGAUGCAAUGUAACCAAAUGGUCAAUGUGUAAAUGUGUGCAGGAUGUGGCAAAAAUAGUUCUGAGGACACAGCAGGAGAGUGAUCAUUAAAAAUAGAUGCUCAAAUUGUGUAUAUACUUGCAAAGUUUUUGAUAGUGCAUUUCAAUUGAUUUUGCAUUUCAUGUUCUUGUAAAGUGCAUCUUUCAUACUUCUGAAGAUUGUCUACUUGUACUGUACUGUAUUAAGCCUUUUUUCAGGAUUUCCAUUAUUGCCGGAGCUUCCAACAUACAUGUUUCUUUCGAAAAAUGUUCUUACUGUUUUUUUUUUUUUUUGUAAAUAGUGUUUUGUAUUAAAGUUGCAUGGAUAAACCCCACAUUUCCAAAACCAGUGUACAUAUGCUGUGUAUAAAAUACAAACUGUUUCAUAAUUUUCAUGUAGUCAAGUUAUUCAAUUUGAUUUCAUUUCAGUUUAUAUAUUUGUAGUAAAUAAUGAGAAUUUGUUGUA